AUGACUUUAGCAUCUGUCUGGGUAACAGUGGAUGAAUUCUCGAGCACAUUGGAAGCCGUCAGCGAGUACACAAUCAUCCCAGAAAUACCUUUACGGCCAGCUUCUCAAGUCAUCGAACAGUUCAAGAACUUGCCGGAUUUCUUGGGCUUUCCGGCUUUCCUGGCAUUUCAACCCCAGGAUCACCCUACACAUGCGUUCCAAGAAGAUCGUCAAGCACGGGAACAAAGCCGAUCAACCUCUGACGCUCUGAAGUACGCAUGUCAAAAUUGGUCUUUCCAUCUCUCGCGAGCUCCUAGUCCAUGGAAUGGCAGGCUCAACGCUUUAUUCAAGCUCUUCUGGGAUCGUCACUUGCUCGCCUGGCUUGAAAGGCAGUGGUGCUUGAAAGGCUUGCGGUCUUGUCUCCUUGUUUUAUCUGAAGGGCAGAAACUUGCAAGAGUGUGUGUUCUCGAUGAUUUUCGUGAUUCAGUACCUGACCUGCGCAUAUAGCCUCGAAGCUCCGCCGGGGCCAUCUCAGUCAUGAGUCUGAAGCUGUCGAUUUUGUACAUCC